AUGGCUGAUACCGCAGACGAGGCAGCUGCCGCGGUCUCCGAACCCCUCGACCUUGUCCGAUUGUCGCUCGACGAAAUUGUCUUCGUCCGAUUACGAGGUGACCGCGAACUCAAAGGAAGAUUACAUGCAUAUGACAGUCAUUGCAACCUUGUUCUCGGAGAGGUCGAAGAGACCAUCUACACCAUUGAGGAAGACGACGAAGGAGAGGAAACGGUCAAGACCACUAAGAAACAAUCAGACAUGUUAUUCGUGCGAGGCAGGUUCUCCUUCAACCGUGUCCGGUGCAAGUCUAACUUCGACCAGGCGAUUCCGUAG